ACCUGUGAAUCUACACCUGGCUGCCAGAGAGUACGAGAAGGACAGCAAAGCCGGAGGAGAGACAGAACAGAACAGAUGAGAUAAACUCGCUGAAAUCCGAGGGCAAUGAUCUCACCUGGACUCAUCUGGACAGAGAACUGAACCUAAGGAUAGUGACCUCUCUAACGCAGAUAACAACCGCCUCAACGGACGCACAUUCACCUGCACAGAGCUGUCAGAGUCUGUCUAAAUGGCGACCGCGGAACCUGCACCAGCCUGGUGGAAACUGACCUUCCUGCGUAAGAAGAAAUCAGAGCCCAAAGUGUUGUACGAAAUCCCUGGAGACCACAGCAGCAACGCCGGGGAGACACCCGGGACACCCGACCCGGCCGCGGACAGCCAGUUUAACGCCCGCUUGGAACGCAUUGUGGACAAAACGGCGACGAAGGGGCGCCACGUGAAAGUCUCGCAUUCGGGCCGGUUUAAAGAGAAGAAGAGAAUCCGCUCUACGCUAGCAGAAAACCCUGACCUGUUCCCCGAGGCCGAAACGACAGCUAACGAGAAUAAUGCAAGUGGAAAAUAGAGUCACUGUGUAAACAUAGAGUCACUGUGUGUGAAGCAGCUCAAGAGGGCCUUGGUCUAUGCAGCGCUCUUCCAUUGAUGUCCUCUGCAGUUUACAAUCGUCUGAGGUUGAGCCUGAAGCAAGAAAAGGACCACUGAAUUAGUGACUGAUCUAUACUAAUGUUUAGGAACAAAGACAGGCACAAACCCAAAGAUCAGGUUUCUUCACAGAUACGCACGGCAGGACGGCAUUGUGGUCGUCUGAUGAAAGGCUGACAGUUAGCAAAUGUUUAGCUAAGAGAAAUCCACUGAAAGAGAAUCAAAUAAAUCAAUCAUACAUCAGCACAAGAUAUCAGUAAUUUUAGGAUUAUUGUAGUUUCCUCGGAGGGGGGUUUAUACGACGAAAACUACAACCGCAGCUACAGCACUUUUGAUUCAAUAGGAAUAUUACCAGCAAUAAUAUGCUAUCAUAUUAAAAGAUCAUAGAAAUGUUUAUUAAAGAUUUUUAAUAUAUUGUACGUUAAAAUAUUGUUGUCAUUAUCAUUAAUUUAAAAAAAUGGCUAAAUAAAAUUAGAGGUGUCAUAGCUUUCAUCCACCUACUAGACCAAAAUAUCUGUUUUAAAUAAAUGUGCCUUUGUUGCUUUGAUCUUGGUUGCUAUUUAUUGUAGGCCUACAUAGUUUAUAAAAUGUAAUCUGAACAUGGUGGGGCUUUUCCAUUUUAAUUAUUGUGGUUUUUAUGUCGAAAGAAACUCAAAUAUUUGCACACUGCCUGUUUGCUUAGCUGGGAUUUUCAACUGAAUUUUGUACAAAAUGACAUGUUGUUUUUAAAUAUACAUCUCUAGAAAAAUAAAAGAAUGAGUUCAG